AUGCCUACCGCCGGUGUUCUGGCGCAGAGCCCUGAGUACUGCGGCGUCUCACAGACCGGCGUGGCGUGCUCUCACGCCGCCCACAGUCUGCGUGGCUCACUCUCGAGGUUACAGUUGGACUAUGUGGACAGUGUUUUCGCCAACAGGACUGACAUCAAUGCACCGCUGGAGGAGAUCGUCCGUGCGAUGACCUUCGUCAUUGAGCAGGGUAUGGCCAUGUACAGGGGGACCUCCCGCUGGAACGUCGUGAAGAUCAUGGAGGCGUACUCCAUCGCGCGGCAGUUUAACCUGAUUCCUCCAGUGUGUGAGCAGGCUGAGUAUCAUUACUUCCAGAGAGACAAAGUAGAGCUUCACCUGCCUGAACUCUACCACAAGAUCGGUGUCGGAGCCAUGACCUGGUCCCCGUUAGCCUGCGGCCUGCUGUCAGGCAAAUACAACGAGGGCGUCCCCGAGAGCUCCAGAGCUGCCAUGAAGGGCUACACGUGGCUGAAGGAGCGUCUCUGCAGCGACGAGAGGAAGAAGCAGCUCAGUAAAAUCAAAGAGCUCCACCUGCUGGCCAACAGGCUGAACUGCAUGGCUGCACAGCUGGCCAUCGGUAAUCUAGACUACUGCAGCAUAGCUCCCCUGCUGCUUCUGCCUCUGUCUGCUCCUCAUCCUGGCCAUGUGGAUUGCUCCUCAGGAUGA